UUGCCAACAACUGUUAAUGAACUUACUGCAGAAAAUGGGGUUAAGGUGUAUCUUGUUGGGACUGCUCAUUUUAGUAGGGAAAGUCAGGCAGAUGUCAUAAAGACUAUAAGAAGUGUUAAACCAAAUGUUGUGAUGGUUGAACUCUGUCAAAACAGGGCAAGUAUUUUAUCACUAGAUGAAGAAUUGCUUAUGAAAGAAGCCAGUAAUAUUACUUUUCAAAAAAUUUCACACUCUGUUAAAGAAAAUGGUUUGGUGCAAGGCCUUCUACAAAUUCUCCUGCUGAAUUUAUCAGCACAUAUCACAAAACAGUUAGGUAUGGCUCCUGGUGGAGAAUUCAGAGCAGCUUUCAAGGAGGUUAAGACUUUACCUGGAUGUAAGAUACAGCUUGGAGAUCGUCCCAUCGCUGUGACACUGCAGAGAGCUCUUGGAGCACUGAACUGGUUUCAAAGAUUAAAAUUAGCUUGGUGCCUUAUCACAUCAAGUGGAUCCAUCAGUCCAGAAGAUGUUGAGAAAUGCAAGCAGAAAGACAUGUUGGAAGAAGUGUUGCAGGAGAUGACUGGGGAGUUUCCGGCAUUGAGUCGAGUGUUUGUGCAAGAAAGAGACAUCUACCUGGCUCACUCUCUUAAGAUGGCUUCAUUGCUCUCCAUGCAAGACUUCAACAAACAUCAGAAUAACCACAGCGCCCCAACAGUUGUCGGUGUUGUGGGAAUAGGUCAUUGUCCAGGUAUUAUCAAUGUCUGGGGAACAGAUCACAAUGUUGCUAGUUUAUUAAUAAUACCCCCUCCAACCAUGGUUGGGAGAUUUCUUAAGUUAUUCAUACGUGUUACAUUUUUUGGAUGUCUUGGAUACAGUUUUUACAGAAUUGCCAGAUUUACACAUGGUUUUAUUGUGUCAAAUUAUUCUUACAUUUAUCACAUAUAG